GUUCGCUGUACAAGAUGGCGGCGAGUGGGGAGAGGGCGCCCAGUUGGCCAGGUGCUGCCGCCGCGUCGAGUUCGGCGCUAUAGCUAAACUAAAUACGCAGUGUUGUACAUUUAGAACGUUCACAAUGGCUACCGCGAAAGACACGUCUACUUUCUUUCUGGAGGCAGAUGCAAAAGAUUUUGACAGUGUUUUAAAGUUUUACCCUCAAGCGAUUAAAUUAAAAGCUGAAUUGAAAACAAAGAAACCCGAUGAGCUCAUAAAAUUGGACAAUUGGUACCAGAAUGAACUGCCAAAGAAGAUUAAAUCCAGAGGCAAGGACGCGCACAUGAUACACGAGGAGCUUGUACAACUCAUGAAAUGGAAACAAGCGAGAGGAAAAUUUUAUCCACAAUUAUCAUAUUUGAUAAAAGUGAACACGCCGAGGGCUGUGAUGGCAGAGACGAAGAAAGCCUUCCGAAAGUUGCCGAAUAUAGAGUCGGCGAUGGCGGCGUUAAGUAAUUUGAAAGGAGUGGGCACGGCCACGGCUUCAGCAGUGCUGGCAGCGGCCAGCCCAGAUAUAGCUCCCUUCAUGGCUGAUGAAUGCGUGCAGGCGAUCCCUGAGAUGGAGGGUAGCGACUACACUGCCAAGGAAUACCUCAAUUUUGUAACCCAUAUUAGGAAAGUCUGUGAUAGGUUAAAUAAGGAACAAAACGGCUGUGGUAACAAGUUUUCUCCACACAUGGUAGAGCUGGCGAUAUGGACACACCACGUGAUAUCAGAUUUGCAGCCGGAACUGCUUGGCAAGGAACGCAGGACGGUAGCGCCAGCCAAUGGGGGCUCACCCCUACCCAGUGAUGAGAGUAAUCUCGAACCACCUUCCACCAAUGGCAAUGGAAAAUUAGGUGCAGACUCAGUGAAUGAGGACACGACGACGUCGUGCACAGAGGACUCGAUGGAUGCGAAAGCUGCGUCCCCCGCGACCCCCGCCACCCCCGCGUCCCCCUCCGACAACUCCGACUCCGCCUUCAGCACGCCGCGUGCCAAACGGCAAAUGGAGGAAGCGAGCUCAGAAGAGAACUCACUGGGUGACUCAUCAGACGCGGCCGCGUUACCUAUCGCUAAGAAACUUCGAAAAGCUACACACUGACAUCCGCGCACUCCCACCAAGCGACCCUCGUGCGCCUAUAAAUAGCUUUCUAGACUAAAAUAUUGUACCUAGGUAAUUUAUUUUUCAAUUCCGAUUAAUUUUAACUUAGCAUUAAGUUUAAGUACCGGUCGAUUUUGUAAGUUUUAUAGGGUAUCGAUAUUUGGGGCGCGCACCGAGCGGUCGGGCGCGUUCGAGAGUAUGAGAUUGUACAAUAUUUCGAUGUGAGUGUAUCUUCGGAGUGGCCCACGAGGGGGCCUAGCGUUAGGUUUCGUUUGUAAUAAUUUUUAACGUUCGAACGUUCGCAUCCAGCGUGACAUUCCAAUAAUUGUAAAGUUUCGGCGGCGAGGGCGCAGGGCCGUCGCCGCGGAGAGAUCCGGACCAGAUGCCUUGACGAGGCCGCGAGGCCGCCAUUCACACCAUUGCCUUAUGACACAGUCUGCCCGCAGAGUUUAUAUGCAACAAGAUAAUACAAAGGUCGUGUUACCCGGGCGCCGGGCACACGGGCCCACAUGUAGUUUUUAUUGAACAAAUAUAAGAUAUUAAUUUUA